GUGCUGAAGCAGCAGCUGGAUUUGCUGAAGCAGCAGCUGGAUUUGUGGAUUUCACUGAUUUAACAAACUCACUGUUUUGUCCUCGGACUGUGUCUUCUCUGUUUUCAUGGCAUCCACGAGGCGCCGCCGGGUUUUGGGGAUCCUCCUGAACGCGCUCAUGGCCAUGGCAGACUUCCACGUCCAGCCAGAGUCGGUGCACGCGGAGGAGUCUGGCGUGGCCAGAUUCCAGUGUCAAAUCCGUGGCCUGCCAGAACCGGUCAUCAGCUGGGAGAAGAACAGCCAUCCUGUGGACACUGCAGAUGACAGGUACACUCUCCUACCAACAGGUGUUCUGCAGAUCACAGGUGUGCGUGAGGAGGACAGUGGGAAGUUCUGCUGCGUGGCUCAUAACAGUGCAGGAGUGAAGCACAGCGCUGAGGCGCUCCUGACAGUUUCAGGUUCUCACUCAUCUGUUUACAAAGAACCUGUGAUUCUGGUUGGCCCAGAAAACCUGACCCUAACUGUUCACCAGACGGCCAUCUUGGAGUGUGUUGCUACAGGAUACCCUCAGCCCAUUGUGUCUUGGAGCAGACUGGACGGUCGGCCCAUUGGGGUGGAGGGAAUUCAGGUUCUGGGCACGGGGAACCUGAUGAUCUCAGACGUUGGCGUGCAGCACUCGGGGGUCUACGUGUGUGCUGCGAACAAACCAGGAACUCGCGUCCGCAGGACAGCUCAAGGACGUCUUGUAGUCCAAGCUCCAGCGGAGUUUGUUCAGCCUCCACAGUCCAUCGCCCGUCCAGUCGGCACCACCGCCAUCUUCACCUGCCAGGCGCAGGGUGAGCCCGACCCACAGCUCACCUGGCUGAAGAACGGACAGGUUCUGGAGCCCGGAGGACACGUCAAACUCAGGAACAACAACAGGUAA